AUGACACGGGAAGAUGGCGAGAACGACGACACAGAUGCGCUCAUGGACGAGGAUGAAGCUGUAGAAACAUUGCAGCCUCUGCUGGUGGAGUCGCCGACGACGUCUGAAGUGAUCUACCCAGGAGAACUAGAACGCCCGGAGACGCCCGUGGCGUCUGACGACGCAACCUCUGCGAUGGAAGCAGAAGUUGUAGACUUAGGAGCGGACCGUCCCAAGACGCCAGCGGCGUCUGAAGCCCCGAACCUUCUGAUGGAAGCGGAGACGCCAGAGGCGUACCAUUCCCUGGACACUGAGCCGGAGGACGGAAGCAAUAGGGUUACAAGGAUGCUUGGGCUUAGUUCGGACGAGGAUGAAGGCACAUGGAUGUACCACAAAGGCGGCAAUGCGAUCGACGCAGCUGUGGCGACGCUGCUCUGCCACACAGUAGCUUUGCCCGUCUCAAACGGCAUCGGCGGAGGCUUCGUGGCGACUAUCUACUGGGCGAAAGAGCAGAAAGUGUACACACUUAUCGCACGGGAAACUGCUCCUGCUGCGGCUACGCAAGACAUGUUUGUUAACAAACCGGGAGCUUCUCUGAGAGGUGGACUGUCAGUAGGUGUCCCGGGAGAACUUCGCGGUUAUGAGGCUCUCAUCACGAAUUUCAGCACAAAGACGCUCAAGGAACAUUUUAAUUACUCUAUAAAGCUUGCCAGGGAAGGCAUAAAAGUUACAAAUUAUUUAGCCAAGGCCAUACAACUUGAGUACAAGCACCUCAAGGACACUCCAGCCUUAAAGGACAUGUACUCCAAAAGGGGCACUGACAAUCCUCUCACCGAAGGAGACACGCUGAUAAAUCCUGACCUUGCAAAGACUUACAAGGAACUAAUGGACAAGGGUGUUGACUACUUUUAUAAAGGAGCUUUGGCAGACAAGAUCGUAGACGCGGUCCGUAAAUCACAUGGCGUAUUAACGAAGCAAGACCUUGCGGAUUACAAGGUCCGCUGGGAGAAGCCAGUCGAGAGGAAGUUCAGAGAUGGCCGCACAAUGUACUCAGUCCGACCACCGGCUAGCGGUCCGGUACUUGCCUACAUUUUGGGCAUUGUGGAUGAGAUAAGGGAAGGACCAGAUGACGCCCUCAACGAUGACUCUCUGAACUACCACAGGUUCAUUGAGGCUCUUAAGUUCGCGUACGCUAAGAGAGCGCUUCUUGGAGAUGAAACAAAGGAACCAAGCGUCGCAGCGGUGACAGAAGAGCUUUUAUCGAAAGAAGCGGCCGAAAACUCCAAAGCCAAGAUUAACGACUCCAAAACUCAUGAUGAUGUCAGUUUCUAUGGAAUGGCCAACGCAAAUCGAAGGGAUAGCGGAACUUCUCAUUCUUGCUACUGGGACAAGGACAACAACGUGGUGGCCAUAUCAAGCACGGUGAACUACCUUUUCGGUAGCCAAGUGGUGCCCGCCGGCGCUGGCUUCGUCCUGAACGACCAGAUGGACGACUUCUCAACACCGGGGCUAAUCAACGCUUACGGCAUAAGCCCUUCGCGCGUGAACUUCAUCGCGCCAAAAAAAAUUCCUCAGUCCUCGAUGGUGCCCACCAUCAUCCUCGACAAGGACAGAAAUCCAGAAAUGUGCGUCGGUGGCUCCGGAGGGUCCCGCAUCACCAGCGGCGUGGGCUUGGUUGCAAUGCGCACACUCUGGCAAGGGAAGAACAUCAAGCAAGCCAUCGAUGAGCCAAGAGUUCACCACCAAUUGCUGCCAGCCGACCUGGAGGUGGAAGAAGCGUUUCCUCAGAGAUACGUGAGCGAUUUGAAGAAAAAAGGACACAAGAUAAAAUUCAAGAAAACCAUGCUUAACGUUUUCAGCGGCAUCCACAAGCGAGAUGGCCGACUCUACGCCAACACCGAUUUCAGGAAGGGUAGCACUGUCGACGGGGACUGAUGCAUAGCAAGCCGUGCUUAACCAGUGAAGAUCCUCGGAAAAUAAAG